AUGCCUACAAUGAAUGACCGGUCAUUUAGUAUAAUUACUGGUCGUCUGAAUCCACCUUACCUUGCACGACAAGAUGCGUUUCAGGUAGAUGAGCAUGAGAAUGUUGUUUGCGUAGCUCCUAUUGAAAGACCAAGACGGAAAAAAAUGCCUGUUCGGGUGGCUAUGCUUGGUCUGUGCCUGUACCUGUUCCUGGUGUGGGAUUUAUGUAAAUGUGUUGGAAUGAAGAAACUUCCGGGUGAGCUUUUCCCACCCAAUCAGCGGGGAGAGCGAGUGGAGUAUUUGUGGAUCCCGGACUUGCUGGUCAAAGACUACGACAUGGACAGUCUUGAGUUUGAUUCUGUGGAUUGGGUUGCUUGGCACUGUCGACUUUGCCUUGGCAUGUACAAAAGAAUGGUUGCACCGAAAAUAAAUGGCAAAAAUAAGUGA